GCGGGAGGUUCGGGUUCGGGCGGCUCUCGGUACUCGGUGCUGCCCGUGGGGACACGGGCUGUGCGGGCACCGCUGGGCGAGCGCUCGUCGUAGCCGUCGCCGGGAGGGAGCGGUGCCCUCUGUGGGGAGUGGGAUGGGUGAGUGGGAACGCGUGUUCCUGCGGGGCCUGGCCCUCCCGCCACACCGGCAGCGCGUCCGGGCUCGUCCGUCCCGCUCCACCGCUUUCCGAUGUGUCCUCAAGUCCCUGGAAGGGGCUGUCCUCACCCAGGGAGCAGAGUACCAGCUGCGCCUGUCCCUUUUUGAUGCCACCUACCACCACUUUUUUGGGAGGACGUGGAGGAGUGGCCGGCGAGCAACCCGCCAUGCCCCACCACGACCAGCCAGGGUGGCUUUCAAUGAGACUGUUUACUUCCACACCUCCUUGAACCACCCUGGCAUCAUGGCUGUCAUGGAGGUGGUGGUGAUGGCUGGGAAAGGGGAUGGGGCCUCUCGGCAUCUCUCCUGUGGUUUUGGUAUCAUCCCCCUCUUCAGCAGUGGGUCAGAGGCAAUGGACCUGGCCACGGAGGACAGAGUGCUGAAGCUGUACCAUGGGACACCCCGUGCCCUGCUGCACCCACGCUUCCAGGACCCCAUGGAAAAGAACAAAUACCUGACAGUGAUGGAAAAGAGCCAUGUGCAGUACUCCCUGAAGCCCCACCAGCCCCUGGAGACAGUAUUUCACCUCCUUCCUGAAAACCUUCUGAUGUCUGGGCAGCAGAGCAUUCCUGGUGUGCUUCCAGCUCAUGGAGAUGCAGGGGACUGCUUGCAGAAACCCCAGCUGGUGAAGCCAGUCACCUGCUAUCUGGAGAGGCUGUCUGUCCGGCUGCACCCUUCUCUGGAGGAGUUUGAGGAGGAACUUCUGGACCUACUGAACAGUGAUCGCUUACUGAAGGCUAACGCGGCGCCGGAUGGUGCCGGGGUGGCAGUUCGGGAGCGGCGGCUGCACGUCGGUGUCCACAACGGGCUCUGCUUCGUCCAGGUGCCACAGGUGGCUGUGCUGGUGCCCGAGGCAGAGGUGGCACGGGGUGGCUGCCCAGGGGGGAAAAGGCCAGGGGCCAGGGACACGGGUCAGGCCCUGGUUCUGAGGAGCCGAGUCCACCUGAGUGAAAUGGUUCCUCACCCGGCGUUCAGUGUCUGCUUCCAGCUGGAGUAUGUCCUCUGCAGCCUGGGGAGAGCUGGGAAGACCCUGCCCAGUGGUGAAGCCACCGAGAUGUGCUCCGUGCGCUGGGCUGUCUGGAGCCCCAUCCUGGGUGCUGGUGAGGAGGAGGAGGAGGUGGUCCUACCCCUGCGUGGGGGUCCUCACCGUGGGCCCUGCCAGACCCUGGUCUACCGGACCCCCCCAGGAAGCAAGAGCUCCCGGCAGGGUAAGCACAUGGAGUCUGGGACUGUCCAAUUCUGUGUUUCCACUGAUUCAGAAGAACAUCUUGUAACUGCUGCGGAGAUCCCACGGAAAGACGGGGACGAGUCGGAGCAGCCUCCCACGCUGUCGCUGAGUACACUGGCCUCGCCACGCAAGUCUGCAUCCCCCCAGGGUCCCGGGCUGUCAGUGUCCCAGCUCUCAGCCAUCCCCCGGGGCAGGAGCCAGCCCAUGGAGGGGGGGAUCACUCACCUGGAAGCUGACCUGGGCUGUUCAAACCCCAAGCCCUGUGCCGAGGAGCAGCUGCAGGCGUUGCCUUUCACCCCCCUGCAGGUGCCUGUUGCUGCCCUGGGGCUGCAGGCAGGCAGCUCCCGCCCGCUGCUCUCUCGUGCCUCCCUGGCUCGCCUGCACACCGCUGGCUUCCCGGAGAUCCUGGACCGCAACCAGGAGCAGGUGGAAAUCUCGGAGCCCCCAGAACCAGGAACAUUCAGCCUGCAGCUGGAGGAGGCUGACCCUCUGCAAGGCAAUGAAAUAAUCCUGCAGUUCCUGGCUUUUGGCAGGGAUGCCCGGGACAGCACAGAGGGGACGUGGCCAGGGACCAUCUUCCUCACCUUCCAGUUCUACCGUUUCCCACCGGUUACCACGCCGCGGCUGCAGUUGGUCAGCACAGAGCGGGGCCCAGCGGCCGGGCUGGCACUACCAGCACAGCUCCUUGUCCGGGUGAACAAGGAUGGCACCCUUGGCACUGGACCACCAGGAUUGCAGCUGAAGUACAUGGUUGAUCCCACGUUCCUGCGAGCUGGGGAGCAGCGCUGGUUCCUGCGGUACCUGGCUGAGCACAGCCUCCAGAUUGAUGUCUGGGAUGGAGACUCCCUGCUCCUGGUUGGAUCUGCUGCUGUGAGGCUGCAGCCCCUCCUGCGCCAGGGCCGUGAGGCCAUCAGGACCCACCAUGAGCUGGAGGUGGCCACGACUGAGUAUGAGCCAGAUGUGACGGUGAUGGGCCGGGAGGCACUGCGGCACGGAGCCCUGCAGCCCCUCGGUGUCCGCGUGGCUCUGCGGGGCCGCCUCCACCUCUGCAUGGCCAACAUUGGUCACCUGUGUGAGGACACACCGGGGCAGCUGCCCUCCCCGCUGCCAUCACGCUCCCGCAGUGUGCCCGCACCAGAUGGCGUCAGCAGUGUCCCAGCUGGCAGCUGGUUAUCCCUCAACCCCGCUGCUGGGCGGGUGUCCCAGGCACGGAGGCUGGUGGAGGUGGAUGGUGAGCUGGCAGCCGUGCUGCACAGCCGCAGGGCAGAGCCCAGGCCGGUGCCUCCGGCUGUCCCCAGCGAGGCUGCGGCCGCCCGACGGCGCAAGCUACGGCGCAUGGCACUGGUGCGGCAGCAGGAGGAGGCUGGGGGUGGGAAGACACCCCAGGGCUCGGGCUGGCAGGAGCAGCGUGCCCGGCACACGCGGGACCUGCAGAUCAUCGAUGCCUACCGGGAGCACACCAAGGGGGAGAGCAUCUCCCGCAUGCUCAGCCAGGCCAUCACUGCCACCCGCACCGUGCACGCCGUGCUGGGGACAGCGGAGUUCUUUGAGUUCUCCCUGAAGAACCCCUACAGCAUCCAGCACACCGUGACAAUCAAGGUUGAUCACCCUGAGCUCAGUGUCAUCGUGGACCCGAGGGAGUGGCGCCACUUCAAGGAGCUGACCAAGAGUGUUACACCAGUGGAGGAGGACAUGUUCCACUUUCGUGAUGACCUCUGUCCUCAGGUCUACCUGCGCCCCAAUGAAACUGUCCUCAUCCCCUUCAAAUACCAGACCUUCUCCCCAGACCCUGCUGUCAUUGCCCCACAGGGGCCAGCUGGACUGGAUGCUGGUGCUGAUGGAGCUGUCUCCUCCCUGGGGAAGAUUGGGGCUGGGCAGACGAAACACAUCCAGGUCUCCUUCCAGGUGAGUGGGGGGAAGCCCAUUGCACUGCUGCGGGUGAAGGUGGAGCCUCAGCCCCACGUGGUGGAUCAGACCUUCCGCUUCUACCACCCAGAGCUCACCUUCCUCAAGAAAACCAUCCGGCUGCCACCUUGGCACACCCUUCCUGGUGCACCAGUGGGGAUGCCAGGAGGGGAGCCCGAGUUGUUUGUUCGCUGCAGUGACCCCAACAUCAUUUGUGAGACCAAAAACAUGGGGCCCGGGGAGCCGCAGGACAUCUUCUUAAAAGUAGCUGGAGGCCCAAGCCCACAGAUGAAAAAGUUCUUUGUUGCUAUUUAUACGGACACCUGGCUGGCAGCUCCUGUCCAGAUCUGGCAGUUCUACCUGCACUCCCUGCAGCGCCUGGACAUCAGCUGCACAGCUGGGCAGCUCGCCCGCCUCUCCCUGCUGCUCCGGGGCACCCUGGCACCCCGCAGGGUGCAAGCCUUCACCUCCCACCCCCACGAGCUGCAGGUGGAUCCGGGUGGCACCUUCCUCCUCCCUGCCAAUGGCAUCCAGGAGCUGAACGUGGGCGUGAGGCCGCGGCGGGCGGGCAGCCGCUUCAUCUACCUCAACCUGGUGGAUGUGGAGUCCCACCAGCUCCUCUCCUCCUGGCUGCUCUGCCUGGCCUGCCGACAGCCCCUCAUCUCCAAGGCAUUCGAGAUCUCCCUCCCUGCAGGGGGUGGGAGAGGCUGCAACAAGCGCAUCACCUACACCAACCCCUACCCCUCACCCAGGCUCUACUUCUUGUGCACCAACCGCCCCGACCUCCUGCAGUUCAAGGAGGACUCCUUUGAGGUGGCCGGAGGGGAGGUUUACACCAUCGGCUUGCGCUUCGCCCCCAGCCAGGAGGUGGGUGAGGAGGAGAUCCUGAUCCACAUCAACGACCACGAGGACAAGAAUGAGGAAACCUUCUGUGUGAAGGUCCUCUACCAGUGAGGCUGCACCCCUUGGCAGCACCCUGGGGAUACCUGUGUCUCGCCAAAGGGGGGGCUGUAAGCCCAGUCCCCUUGCCAAGCAGGUCUGGCUGUUGUCUGGGAUCCCCAGUGGUGCCAGGCAGGCACCUCCCUCUGCCCAAACUGGGGAGAGCAAAUGUGUUUGCUACCACCCAUCCUGACCACCCCGUGUCUAUUUUUGGGAAGUGUUACUAUAUUAUUUUAGACUCGCUGCGAUCUUUUUUUAACUUUAAAAGUUUGCAGAUCUGAUUCCUUGGAAUAUUUUUAAACUAUUUUAUAUUCUCUGCUGAGUUUUGCACACGCUCCAAGCAGUUUUAUGGGAUUUUUUGAUAACUUUUUACUCGUCUUUGAUCAAUUAAACCUGCUGCGCAGCGCUG